AGCGCCGAUACGUGUUAACUAAUCAGCCAAUUAAGCCCGUUAUUGUUCUAGAUUUUAGUAGAUAUUUAACGGUGAUAUAACCAAUACAACUAUAGUUAUCUACACCACAAUGAUGUUGUCAGUUUUCGGAGUUCACUGUAUCCGGAGAUCGAUGUGAGAUCCUCGAGGUUAUUGUAAACUGAGCUCUAAUAUAAUCACUCCUCUGCCGUUUCCAGCAAUAUAAUUGAGUAUAAUGGAUGCAAUUAUGAUGGAUGCAAUUAACAGCAACAUAACUGAGUGGAAUCUGUGGACCAAUCACUCUGAAUGGGACACGGGGGACAGCACAUAUGUGUGUGAUCAACAAACAACAGACUUGUAUCUUCUUUUGAGGUUAUGUUUUCUGGCCCUAAGUGUGAUAGUGUUGGUGAUCUUUUCAUUCACUGAGAAAAGAAGAAAUCUGUGUUCUGGUUGCCUGCAUGGAAGGCCCGGCAUAGUGUUCCCUAUGAACUGUCUAGAAUCUCGUCACGAUCGUUGGGCCUACGCUGCAGCCUACGCCGUGUUGGCGAUCUCCGUGCUGGACUUCUUCCUGUUUGAGGACCAAACGACAGUGGGACCACCUUACAUGAAACAACUCUCAUUGGUUUUGUUGGUACUUAGAUACGGUUUGGUGGUUUACCCCCUAUUUACCGCCAUUACGUUGAACACCAUCUUCAGCUACUCCAUUGGAUGGGUGUACUUAAUCAUUUACAUGGGUAUCGAGGUCCUUUAUAGAGUAGAAUGUACCGGAGACCAGGUGUGGGUUAUGUACCUUGGGAUGUGCCUUCCAGCCUACCUGGGGAUGGUAAUAUUGUUCGUGGAUUUUCCCGUGCAAAUCAUUAGACACAUCGUCUAUAGGAUCAAAUAUCGCUCAUUUAAAGAGCGAAUCAACCAUUUUCUACAAGAGAACUACCAAGCCAAAUACGUGAGAGUCAUACUGAAAAAGAAAGUAACAAUAGAUACUCAGGGCCUCUCUAGAGGAGCCAGGGUCAAAUCAGGGUGUAUUUCCCUUUUUAAACGUUAUACCUACACUAGGAUGCCUGGCUAUAAAUACUCGACGCGUAUGGUGACCACUUUUACUGUUGCUAUAAUAUUGGUGUAUGCUUUUGCCCUGAUGUUCUAUUUUUUAUUUUUAUCUAUCGUGGAUGAUUAUGGUGCCUACUUAGAGUACUUGUAUUCGGAUUUUGGCGUUUUAAUUCAAGUCACACGGGGCUGUGUGAUCGGGGCACUGACUAUAGCAUUCCUGGCCUCGUUAUUGACCAUUGCCUACAUGAUGGCUAACUUCAGGGAAAACCUUAUGGCAAUCCAACGAGGAGACUACUCUAACAUUCCGCCUCCAUCCAAGAAGGGGAAUAUUGGCUGGAUGAUGGGUUACGUGAAGUUUGCAGGGUUUCAAGUGGCAUAUAUAACAUGGGCCUUCGUUAUUCAUGCACUUGUCUUGACUGCUGUGUUCGUGCUGAUUGGUAUAGUGAUUGCUCUCCUAGUGAUGGAAAACGCCGCAGUAGAUAUCUUGAUUAUGAUCUUGCAGUACGCAUGGCCAUAUGCAGUGACUACCAUCGUUUUGCUUAUAAUACAAAGACUUUUGACGUGGUUAGUAUUUCUACAAGAGCGAGGGAAGGUUCUUGCUGUAAAUAACAGAAACCUGAUGUUCAAUUUCCUGUUCUUUAUGUUCAUCUACAACAUGUUGCUCGGGCUAUUUUCCACUCUCAUGCGUAUACUUAAGGGCAUGGCGGUAGGACUUCUGUUCUUAGGAAGGUUGGACCACAGUACUCUACCAAGACACGCCGACUUGAUGCUCGAUCCGGGCUAUGGGGCAUACGUCGGCAUGCUACACGUGGAAAAUGCCCACACACACCCAGUGAUGGUUACCUUCGUGCACAUUUUGGUCAUUGAAUUCAAUAAAAAGAACGCCGCAAACGAUGAUCUGGAUGACGAUCUGACGGUCGUUCACCACACCGAACCGGUCGCCAGCAAGACGGAGAAUGGCAUCAAAAUGGAGCUCAAAACCCCAGAGGAAGGCGUUACACGUGCUCGAACUCGUUGGCUCCUGGCUUAUACGUUGUUGAACAACCCCAAGCUUAUAUAUGAACGAAAAAGAGCUCUAGGACAAACAAGAAAAUCUUUUGCCUUUUUGGGUGAUGCGGGCGGUGAAGAUUUGUCACAGGCAACAAAAUUGUAGACAAAUGAUCAAGUUUGAUACUCUGCAAAGAAAAAGAAAGGCUUACGCUAUAAAGAGACAGUAGAGCUUGCAAAGAUACAGACACCAGACAAUGCAAAACAUUGCAACAUUGUUAACAAAAGAAAAAAGAGGGAAAGAAAAAAAUGCAAAGAAAAACUUUUGUAAAAAUCUUUUUGUACUGAUUUUUGAUAAGAAGCUGCAUUGUUACUUAACAAAGACGCUUAGUGAAUAUGAAGUAAAACGAGAAUAGGCCUACGACUUGCCACUAAUGGAUCGAACUUUGCCAUAGUUCACGCACAAAAAAAAAAAGCUUCUAAAAAUAAUCAUUUUAUGCUUAUUUGACAGCAGGCUACGUUUUGUUUUCAAAACGAAGGCACUCAGAUAAUUUCAAAGCAAAAGUUUGGUUUGGCAAUUGUAGCGUGGGCAGCAUGGACACACACGAUGAUCAGAAUAUAUGUAGACAAAAGCAGUGUCUGCAUGGAAAACGUCAACCCCACCGCUUCAUUUUAUCAUAACCAAGCACGUUCCAGAAAACACUGAAUAAAAAAUCCAAUGUACAUGUACACAGUCACUGGCUUCAUGCACAGCGUGUCACUUUUUAGGCUUCAGCAUUCAUAACCCCCAAGCCAAGACGGAAUGUGUUUAAGAUUUGAAGUGUUGUGCAGCUCCUUUUCUAGCCAAUUUUAACACAAGGUCGUAAACGUAUUUAACUCUUAUUACUUUUUACAUUUUACAGGGUAAUGUAUUUCCGAUAUUGUAUUUUUUUCUU